AUGAUGAGCCCCAUCGAUCCGAUGCAACGGGAUCAACCCAUGUUAUCGGGCUGGGAUGCAGAUUCCAUCUUGGAUGGCAACUACUCGAACUCGCAAACACCAGCGCCCGGUACCUGCAACCCGGAAUUCGAUCUGUCUUACAUGGGAGGCUAUCACGGCAACGAUCUGGCAUUCUGUGACGAUUUCAUCAUGCCAACUAGCAAUACCUUCGGCAAUGACCACUUCCGGCCGCCGGCAGAUCAAUUCCUGGAUAUGGGCACAUAUCCGAUGCCGGAACAUACAUCAACAACUCUUCAGUCCAUGCUACAAUCCGUACCGGCCGAUCACACGUCUGUGUUCAAGUCGUGCAAUCCAUGCGUAUGCAUGGAAGAGGUGCUCGACCGACUACAUCGAUUGUCCCAGUUAGCAAUUACUGUUCGGGCGACAUUUGUCAGCAAGCAGCAUGCCGGCGAUGCUGGCAUCUUGAAGACGAUCAUGGAUGUCAUGGCUAAAAACAAGGAGGCUACUUCUACCGUGGACACCAUGCUGGAGUGCUCUGCCGAGCAUGACGAGGGCAUCGUCUAUGUAUCCUCCCUUCUGCUGUUCAAAGUCCUUGGCCUCUACGCAGCCAUCACAUGCAAGACUUCAUCUUCCCAGGAUGCGCCAUCAAUCGAAGCCGUACAGCGCUAUCUAGCCGAGAAGCACGGAAGCUGUCGUCUGAGCGAUGAACUCRGCACGGUCACCGCACAAGUCGUUCUCAACGAGCUACAUCGCCUUCGAAGGGUGAUUGAGCGGCUUGGCUUAUGUCUCAAAGAACGUGCCACAAAAGUCGUUUGCUCGGAGAUGUGUUCGACCGGCGAAAUCACCGAGCUAGAUAUCGGUAUGGCGUGGCCAAUGCCCUCGACGGUGUUUGAACAAUUAGGUGACAGUCUGCGUGUACAAUUUCAAAGACUUUCGCUGGGGAUCAUGGAUCGACUUACGGCUGUUCGGAACGAGAUGCCCUCCUCUGGCUGA